AUGGCACUAUACACUAUAUUAUUUGGAAUCAGUAUUUUCAUGAUAGCUUUAGUCAUAACAAUAAUAAAAAAGAUGUUUUUCCAUUGGAAACAUGAGCAUAUAAUCGAAAGGACCACACCAUUUGCUAUUGAACGACCAGCGGUCAGUGUGAUGAUCCACACGUCAAGGUGCCUGUUCCAAUGUCGUCACUACUCUGGUGACGUCACCGUAUAUGAUAUAAUAAGUAAGAACGAAUACGACGAAUGA